AUGCUCGCAACUUUGCAGGGAGGUUCCCUGUUUGUCCUGUUGACAGUCGUUAUCCACCAAGCUCAUGGCUCUCCCAAAGUGCCAGCAACGGCAUCAGCGCAACCCGCGACAAAAUCUACUCUCAGCCCGGUUUCAGGUACUUAUUUCGGGUGGUCUUCUUGGAGCUUGCAAGCUUAUAAGGGAAAGGGUUAUGGAUACGACUGGCUAACCGAAAAAAAUAUCAAAGCUCAGGCGGAUAUAUUGUCCAAGGAGUUUUCCCAGUUAGGCUACAAUCGGAUCAACUUGGACUCCGGCUGGCAAGAUGCUGAACUCGAUAAAUACGGUAGAACGAUACUUAACCGUAAAACGUUCCCAAAAGGAAUCAAUGAUUUAUCAAGCUAUCUAGCCCAGAGGAAGCUCAAGUUGGGUCUAUACUACCUACCAGGGAUAGACGCCAGAGCGGUUAACAACAAAGCCGUCGUGAUGAACUCGAAAUACACCGCGGAUCAAAUCAUUCAAUGCCCGGACAAAGACGCUUUGGGAUGCAACCGAAACACUCCAAAUGCGUUUAAUGCUGGUAUGGCGUUGAAUUACAGCCAUCCAGGUGCCCAGAUGUACAUCAACAGCGUGGUCGAUGGCCUCUACAGCUGGGGCGUGAGUUAUGUGAAGAUAGCUGGCGUCGUACCUGGCUCCUUAAUCGACCCACCCGAAUGGUGGAAAUAUAAUACCACAGCCGACCUGAUGGCCUGGAGGAAAGCCAUCGACGAUUUGUAUCAUCAGAAAUGGCAGAAACAGGGUCGAGAGCCGAUUUGGUUGGGGGCCAGUUGGAAGAUCCCAACCAGUGCCGGUUCGACCAUGGAGAAAUACGCGGACAGCUUCCGAGUCGAACAGGAUAUCGAGGCGUACAGCGAGACACAGAUGACGACUUUUGACCGUGUAAUCCGAAAUGCGAAGACAGCCGCACUCUGGUCCUCUGUUGAUUCGAAUCGUAAAUGGAAAGGAGUCAGGGACCUCGAUUCGAUCCUAGUCAGCGACAUGACAGUGGCCGAGUGCAAGACUAUGGUCACCAUCUGGGCGAUGUUUGGCUCGGUAAUCUACUUGGGCGAUGAUUUGACGAAAUUACCGGAGGCCAGAAAGGCCUUGGUGAAGAACCCUGAAGUUCUCAAGCUAGCGAUUUUAGCAUCCACCAACCAAGCCAGAUUAGAUGGAUUCAAUCCCAGCGUCUCUGGUACUCGAACAACCACCGCGAAACCAUUGCGCCAGAGCUUGAAAUCGGUGGAGCGACUUGAAGUCAACCCAGUCCAAGAAGAUUAUCAGAUAACUUCCAGGGAUUGUGACGAAAUGGCCGAAAAACGACAAUUGGUCGUCCAGUACGGCUUGAAACAGAAAGUCGUCGACUCCGACACUCUCCACCAGUCGUGCCUGAAAGCUAGCACGAGCGGAAAAUCGGGUCGUCUUCAAGCCCGCGCGGUCGAUGGUGCAAACCCAGAUCAAUGGAGUCUCCAGACCUGGGUACUCGAGCAGGGUCAAGGCGAUAUCUACGUCGCAGUUGUUAAUGCCGGUCAACAGACCGCUGGUGAUAAACCAGCCAAGGUACAGAUUAGUCUGAGCAAGCUGAAAACCCUCCAAAAGAGCCCGAGAAUAAAACAAAUGACCGGAGGGCACUACGCAGUGCGAGACUUGUGGGCCAGCAAAGAUUUGAGCCCUGUGGCCUUCCAAGGCACCAUUGAUGUCACUCUAGAAACUCACGGCUCGACAUUGUUAAAAUUCACUCCAAUCUCUCCCCCUAAGUAG